AUGGACGAGUUAACAAGUUCAGUCUGGCUGGAACAGGAAACCCACAACAUCAAGAGUCGCUCUCAUCGCUCUCGUGUGUGUUGUGUUCUCCAGUCAGAAGAGGAUCUCUGGAGCAGAAGUGGAGAUGAGAGUCAGACGAGGAGACGACGUCACUCUCUUCUGCGACUGUGCAACACACACGAUCUACUGAUUAAGAACGUCACAGAAGCAGAUCUGGGCCUGUACUACUGCGCUCUACAUGAGAAAAAUAUUUCAAAGGAUAAAAACGGCGUCAUCAUCAGCAGGGACGUGUAUCAUUACGGAAACAGAUCCACUCGACUCUCUCUACUCGAACCCUGUCGCAGUGUGUGUGAGCCGAGUGUAUCAGAGCCGAGUGUUAGCUGGAAGCUGGUGUUCAGUGUGUGUGUUGUGUGUGUUCUCCUCUCCUCACUCCUCUCCUCCAUCUGUGUGUACUGCCUCUGCACAAACACCACUAAAGCAAAAGCCAAAGCUGAUCUGGCAGGAAGUGACAAAAGGACGACUCGGAGAUGUGAUGAGGUUGGAGAAGAUGAGGUCUGUUACGCCGCUUUGGACAUCCAGAACAUUGAGAAGAAGAAGACGAAGAGGAAGAAGAAGAGAGUUCAGCACUCUGAUUUCAGCACAUAUUCAGAGGUCAGAACUGAGAGAACUGAGGGAUGCUGAGGAGGCGUUAAUGAAAGUUGUAUUACAUCACAGUGUAUGAUUUUGAUAAACUGUUUUUACAUCCUUAAUGACAUUAAUCAUCCAGAGUGAAAUGAAGUUUAAAUGCUUACUGUCAUAUUCUUGCUGAUGUGAAAAAUGUGUGAAUGGAAAAAAAAAGAAAAAAAAGGUUCAUUUCUGAAUAAUGUAUAACACAGAACCUGCAGUACGUCCAAAUAAAGUUACUGCUUGUGGGAUUUUACCUUCAACUUGAGACUACAGAGGAUCAAUGAGUUCAAUACAC